CGCAUCAACACAUCUGCCUGAGAGCAUCGACUACGCCAAUACGCGCAAGACUCACACCUUCUCCCCCAUACCGACCAUCGACCACACAGCGCACAAGCACCACCUCACAGCCGCCCGACAUGGGUGAACCACAAUACUUGACAUACCCCAAGCUGUCUCUGGCCCAGAACGUCUUCUCGCUUGCAUCGCCUUCCACCGACUCGAAUGCCAAGCAGACCGCGCUGAAGGAUCUCCAAGAUGGCAUCAAAGAGCACAAGAUGGCGCCGCUGUACGCCUACCUCUCACAUCCAGACACCGGCAAGCUGAACGGACCCGGCACUGGAAGCGCAGUCCUCUCGCCCGUCAUCAGCAGAGCCAACACCAACACAUCCGCUCCAUCGCCUUUCCACAUGUUACGCCGGACGAGCAGCAUCAAUGCCCCAUCAAUAGUGGGUGUGCUCGGUGGCAAGACCGACACGAGUGUCGAGCUUCCGUGGGAUGAGAAGCUGUACGAGGAGCUGAAAGCAGACAACGAGAAGGAGCUGGCUGAGAUCCAGAAAGAGGAGGACGAGGCUGUUGAGCAGGCAGGCGAGACCGAGAUUCAGAAUGCGCGCGGCAAGAGAGCUGAGUUCUAUGCACGUGUGGGUGACAAGGACAAGGCUGUCGAAGAGUUCGAGAAGUUGCUUGAAAAGACCAGCAUUCUGGGCACCAAGAUUGACAUCGUCCUGGCUCUCAUUCGAAUCGGCUUAUUCUUCGACGACAAGAUCUCGGUGAAGAAGAAUGUCGAUCGCGCACAACAGUUGGUGGAGAGUGGUGGAGACUGGGAUCGAAGAAAUCGUCUCAAGGCAUACAAUGGUCUGCACCUGCUCACCAUUCGCGCUCACAAUCUUGCCGCACCUCUCCUUCUCGACUCGCUAUCGACCUUCACAUCAUCUGAGCUGUGCUCGUACAGCUCCCUCGUUGUCUACGCCACACUCGCUGGAUCCAUCAGCUUACCUCGUCGUGACUUCAAGACUAAAGUUGUCGAUGCGCCAGAAGUACGAGCGAUCUUUGGCAGCGAGUCUGACUCCGAUCGACUUUCUGCUCUUGGUGGCGCUCCUUCCUCAGGCCUCGCAGCUGGUGAGGAGGAAGGCAUGGCUGUUGAUGACGCCGCAACAACCAAGCCAACUGCGGUCAAUCUCACCACUCUGGCAUCUGGCUCGGCCUCUGCAGAGGCACAAGCCAAAGCAGAACCAAAGAUCGACUUCAAGCCGCUCGCAAACAUGAUUCAGAGCCUCUACUCUGGCAACUACUCCAGCUUCUUCACAGCCCUCGCUGCCGUGGAGCAGAACUUCCUGGCCAAGGACCGAUAUCUGUACGAGCACAAGAGCUGGUUUGUGCGCGAGAUGAGGUUGCGCGCUUAUGCGCAACUCCUUCAAAGCUACAAGGUCGUCAGUCUGGCAUCCAUGGCCGGCAGCUUUGGUGUUUCGGUGGACUGGUUGGACAAAGACCUCGCCCCAUUUAUUGCUUCGGACCGUCUUCCGUGCACGAUUGACAGAGUGCGUGGUGUCAUCGCGACUCAACGUGCUGAUGACAAGAACAAGCAGUACAACGAUGUAGUUCGACAAGGUGACCACCUCAUCACGAAGCUCCAGAAGUAUGGCCAAGUCGUUCGUUUGCGAGGAAGUGAGCGUGCUUGAAGGAUCGUUGGGAGUCACGCUGUAUGAUGAAAACUCGCAUUACGCCAUGUAUCAUAGACGCUCGAGGACGAUCGAGCAGACAUAGAAGCUCGCAUAGCGCGGCGCGUUGGUCUCGAAGAAAAUGAUCAUGUUUACAGGAAUGCUG